GAAGUGCAGGCCCGGAGCGGAGCCGCCAUCAUGGCCGACAAGAUGGACAUGUCCCUGGACGAUAUCAUCAAGCUGAACCGCAGCCAGCGGGGGGCCGGCCGCGCCGGGGGCGGCCGCGGAGGCCGGGGCCGAGGAGGCGCCGCCCGCGGAGGGGGGCCCGGGCGGGGCAGUGUUGGAGCCGGGCGCGCAGGAGGCGGCGGCCCCCUACGGAACAGGCCGGUCAUGGCCCGAGGCGGCGGCAGGAACCGGCCCGCGCCCUACAGCCGGCCUAAGCAACUCCCCGAAAAGUGGCAGCAUGAUCUGUUCGACAGCGGCUUCGGGGCUGGGGCUGGCGUGGAAACCGGGGGGAAGCUCCUGGUUUCAAAUCUGGACUUCGGUGUGUCGGAUGCAGAUAUCCAGGAGCUUUUUGCAGAGUUUGGGACUUUGAAGAAGGCAGCGGUGCAUUAUGAUCGGUCUGGACGCAGUUUAGGGACAGCAGAUGUGCAUUUUGAAAGAAAGGCAGAUGCUCUGAAAGCUAUGAAGCAGUACAAUGGAGUCCCCCUGGAUGGGCGCCCUAUGAACAUUCAGCUGGUUACAUCACAGAUAGACACACAGCGGAGACCAGCACAGAGUGUAAACAGAGGAGGCAUGACCAGAAACCGUGGUGGUUCAGGAGGAUUUGGUGGUGGAGGUGGCAACAGGCGAGGUAACCGUGGUGGGAACCGAGGGAGAGGCAGAGGGGCUGGAAGAAGUUCCAAACAGCAGCUCUCUGCAGAAGAACUAGAUGCACAGUUGGAUGCUUAUAAUGCCAGGAUGGACACCAGUUAAAACAGUGAGCACAUCCCCUGCAUGGAAAGGACUCCAGACAUCUCAUUCCAUGCUCUCCGGAGGGAGGGGUGUAUGACUGUGGCCACUAAUAUCAAGGAUGGAAUUUGUUUUACUUUUAUGUUUUGGAAUAGGUUUUAAACUCAUGUAAAGGUUUUUUUUAAUUCUGAAACAGAUCUGUUUUGUACCGAGUUAUUUUUGGGAUAAAUUUUACUGGUUGCCUGUUGGGCUGAGGUGGUUUUUUCACCUUUGCUGUAAUAAAAUAGAAAUGUGUCUAGA